GGAAGAAUGAUAGUCCCUCCCUGCUGCCUCCAGAUAAGUAGCUGAAGGAGAGAGAGCAGGAGAGAGAGGGAAGUCGGCCAGCCAUCAUCUCAGAACAGAAAUAAAGUGUGUGUGUGUGGGGAGCUGGGGGGGUGGAGGCAUAGAGCAGAAACUCCUCAGCUUUGGCUGGUCCAUUACACCAGCUGCGGAGGAAACCGCAGCCCCGCAUUGUCUGUCAGCUCCGGGGCUCCGUCUGAACCUGAUGUGUGCAUGUCCCUGUCAUGGAGCAGACAGGCAAAUGACAGCGGCGCUAGGAGACCGGAGGAGAGUCCAAGGGAACGACCUUGAGAGGAAACCUCAAAAAUGCAGCAGAGUGAAAAAAUGAAUCACCUUGUGGGGAAGAAAAGGAGAAAUUCUGAUUAAAGGAGCAAGCACUGGCCAGCGCAUUAUGACCUUGUCUACAGGGAAGGCCGAGCUGCGCUGCCUUCAACAGGAACAAUAACACUGUGGGGAACACCCGUGAAUGGUGGAAGAGACUUGAGGCGGGGGUUUUCUGUGUGGGGAGGGUCCUAUUUCCAAUUCUUCUUCUCCCCAUGCCAAGUUCUGGAUGUGCCCUGUGAAAGUUUUUGCCCUGGAAGGAAGUCAGUCUUGCCAGUUGAAAAUGAGACACUUUCAAAUGAACUUGCUUCUCAUCUGUGUGGCAACUGCCACAGCCAUCCCUGUAGUGCCCUGGAAGGUGAAAUGCCCACUGCAGUGUGUGUGUCAGAUCCGACCCUGGUACACACCCAGGUCUGUGUACAAGGAGGCCGCCACCGUGGACUGCAAUGACUUGUUCAUCUCCACUGUGCCCGAGAGCUUGCCAGAGGGGACGCAGACCCUGCUCUUGCAAAGCAACCGCAUCACCAGGGUGGACCAGAGUGAGCUGGACUAUCUGAAAAACCUGACAGAGCUGGACCUGUCGCAGAACAGCUUCGCCGACAUCUGGGACUUCAGUCUGAAGAACAUGCCUCAGCUGCUGAGCCUCCACCUUGAAGAGAAUCAGCUGGCUGAGUUGUCCGAUAACAGCUUCUCUGGCCUGGCCAACCUCCAGGAGCUGUAUCUGAACCACAACCAACUGCGUAGGAUUUCCCCACGGGCCUUCUCAGGCCUCAGUAACCUCCUUCGGCUCCACCUCAACUCUAAUCUCUUGAGGACAGUUGACAGCCGCUGGUUCCAGGUGCUCCCCAACCUGGAGAUCCUCAUGAUUGGAGGCAACAAGGUGGAUGCUAUCUUGGAUAUGAACUUCAGACCUCUGUUGAACCUGAGGAGCUUGGUUCUGGCUGGAAUGAACCUGAGGGAGAUUUCAGAUUUCGCCCUGGAAGGGCUGAGAAGCCUGGAGAGUCUGUCUUUCUAUGACAACAAGCUGGUGAAUGUCCCCAAGCGGGCGCUGCAGCAAGUCCCUGGCCUUAAGUUCCUGGAUCUGAACAAAAACCCUUUGCAGAGGAUCAGGCAAAGUGACUUCACGAAUAUGCUACACCUCAAGGAGCUGGGACUUAACAAUAUGGAGGAGCUGGUUUCCAUAGACAAGUUUGCCUUAAUCAACCUCCCCGAGCUGAGCAAACUGGACGUGACCAACAAUCCCAAGCUGUCCUUCAUCCACCCUAGCGCUUUCCAUCACCUGCCCCAAAUGGAGACCCUGAUGCUCAACAACAAUGCCCUAAGUGCCUUGCAUAAGCAGACGGUAGAGUCCCUGCCCAACCUGCAGGAGAUCAGCAUCCACAGCAACCCCAUCCGCUGUGACUGCGUCAUCCGCUGGGUCAACAGCACCGAGAACCAUAUCCGCUUCAUCGAGCCCCAGUCCACACUGUGCGCUGAACCCCCGGACCUGAAGAGGAGACACAUCCGGGAUGUUCCCUUCCGGGAAAUGACCGACCGGUGCCUGCCUCUGAUCUCCACCAAGAGUUUCCCCUCCCAGUUGGAUGUGGCAGACAACGAGAAUAUCUCACUACAUUGUAGGGCCCUGGCGGAACCAGAACCAGAGAUCUACUGGGUCACACCUUCUGGGGUCAAGCUGAUCCCUUACUUGGAGGAUGGGAGGUACAAGGUGCACCCUGAAGGGACACUGGAAAUUCACAAGAUAACUGCACAGGAGGCUGGGCUGUAUACCUGCGUGGCCCAUAACCUCAUCGGCGCCGACACCAAGAGUGUCAGCCUGAUGGUCAACAGCUCCUUCCCUCUCAGCAUGGACAACCUGGAGCUCCUGGUGAAGGAAGUCCAGGCUUACCAUAUCCUUGUCACCUGGAAACCCCACCUCAACACAGUCUCCUCCAAUCUCACCUGGUCCAGCUUCUCCUUCAGCUCCAGUUUGGAUGUGACCAACGUGGCCCGGAUCCCUGUGGGCACCCACCUGUAUAAUAUCACCCGACUCCACCAGGGCACAGAGUACUGGGCCUGCCUUCACGUGGCCUUCGUAAACUUGCAGUCCAAGGUGGCCUGUGUGAAUGCCAGGACUAAAGAGGCUGGCUACGGCUACCAGUACCUGGAGAGCAGGCAGAGUGUCUUGACGGUGCUGGCCUUCUGCAUCUUGCUGCUCUCAGUCAGCCUGGUGGGCCACUGUGGCUUUGGUUCCUACAGGCCACAGCCUGGGAGCCCUGGGAAGCUGCUCCUGCGCUGCCUGCCAUGGAACCCGGGCUCGUCCUCUGUGCGUGUGGUCUACCCUCCUUUCAUCAAACACUGGGAUCAAGGGAGGCCUGGGGAGAAGCUCCUAGCCAUGGAGGUGCAAGCAACGCCACUGGACUCUUGAAGGUCAACUCUUCGGAGGGGUGUGGAAUUGGGGUGGCGAUUCUGGGGGUCGGGGAGAAGGCAAGUGAAACCAUUUUUUACCAAAAAUAAAAAGACUUGACUGACAAACAAAACAGCAUGGCAAGUGGAGAGGGACAUGGCCAACAUCCAGGCCUUGUGGUGCCCCUCUGCCCCCAUGCUCCGCCCAAGGCACCCAUCAACAUUUGUCCAAACAGAUUGUUUCUCUUACAGGCAACCUGCUGUUACUGGAGGAAAGGUUUUUGAGUGAAUCUUCAGCACAGACAAGGCCAACGAAAUGCAAUGCCCAGAGCAGACAGCAUGAGCAAGAACAGUCAUAUUGUAGAAACACAGAUGACACCAAGCCCCCGGCAACCCAGAUGUUAGUCCACUAGCCGGAUGGUCCCUGUCUUGGAAAUACACAAAGGCCUUUCCCCUUUGGACUUUUUUUGUGUGUACAGCCAUAGGUAACCAUGACUCAAACUUGCCAGCCCCCUUAUUCGCUCACCUACAACCACAAGGAACAAAGUGGGGAGGGGGGAAAAUGACAGUUGGGCUAAGGAAACACGGAUGCUGCUGCUGCUGUAUCUCUUAACUGGCUAGUGACGUCUUCGUGAUUCCGGCUGGAUUCCGCCGUGAAAAGCCAAUAGGAUCCCAUAACCCAAGAGCUUGAUUUCAAGGCUAUUUUGUAAACUUUUGUGGAUAAUGUUACCAAAAAAAAAAAAAAGGAAAUUCUUGCUUUUCUGUUUUUGUAAAAAAAAAAAAAAAAGAAAAAAGGAAACACAAAACCUUUGUACACUGGUCUACAGUGUGAAGGGUUCGUGAUAGAAAAACAUUACUGCAGAGAUGAAGGGUGGGGGCGGGGGUAUGGCAGGACGAAAUCUUUGAUGUGACAGAGGUUCUAGGAACAAAGUGUCUUACUUCCAAAUAGCUGCACUUUGCUCUCUGCACGUAUCCCACUGCAUAACUUGAAACAUCCCGGGAGAUGAAAGUGAGAAGAUGCUUUAUGGGUGUGAGGGGAAUAAAUAUUCUGGUCUCCAAUGCUGUCAUCACCUCUCUUUCUCUGAUAAGCAAUUAAAAUUGCAAAUGAAACAUACUGGUGGACAGCAUGAGUCUCUCCCCCCCCCCCCGCCCCCUUCUGUUUCUAAUUAUGCCAUACCAAGGGAUGAUGCCAUCUAUAGAAUUUCAAAUCAGUGAGCUUGGGAGAGUCAGCUCCCCUUCGCUAGUGGUAUAUGGAUGUUUUUAUUUAAAAAACUCAUUCGUUUACUUUUAAAUUUCUAAGAAGCCUUUAAUUGGGGGAAAGGGGAACAACAUGGAAAGAGAAAGGAAGGACAGGUGAGUUGGUUGAUGGAGAAAUAGAUGGAUAGCUAGAAAGAGAGUGAUAGAAAGAAGCCACCAGAAAAGGGUCAGUGUACAUUGACACCAAAAAUAAUUUUCCCACCAGGAAGUAUAAUGUUCAUGGUUAUGAAUGUUGCUUUACCUUUCAAGAUCUGGGCAAGAUGGUAUUUGUAAGGAGACAGAAGACAAAUGAGUUGGUUAUCUGAUAUCUGAGACCAGCACCUAUGGUGCCCUGGUGUACUAAAAGUUCCAAGUUAAAAGGCAUGGGGAGAUGAGUAGCAAUUUGAGCGAGACACAUGCAUGAGCUGAUCCGAUGCACCCUCACCACCAUCUUUGUAAUGACCUGCCACCGUCCAUGCACUAACAGCAGCAAAUUUGGACAGGACCAAAGCCUUUUGAAGUCCAGGGGUUGUGGAGCAGGCCCUUAGACCAGGCGCUCCGCAUAAUGCUCUCUGCUCCACAUAGUGCUCCCCAUCCACUGUGGGGCACAUAGCGCCCAUUGCAAGCAUUAAGAAAAGCUCUGCCAUAAUCAUGUACAGUUUUUUGAUGUGGUAGAAUGGCAUAGGGAGAAAAAUCUCCCCCUAGAUCUAGCAGUGGGGUGCACUGGCAGAAUAGUGUGUGUGAGAGGCCCCUGGAAUAAUAACAGGAAGAUAAAGGUCAGGACUGAAGGCUUCAGGAGAGCUUUGCAAAGGAAAGUUGCCCAGCCCCUGGCUGUGCUCUAGUUGUCUCUUGCUAGGAUAAUAAAUCCCUCUCUUUCCUCCAGAACCAAAUCUGUCCCCUCAAUUAAAAAGUACAGUGCCAGAGGGAAAAUUUCAGCCAGGUUCACUGUAAUCACCUGAAACAAAACGUGAUGUACCAGCAAAUAAACAAGGCCCAGAGAUCAAAGUGUAUACGGCUCAGCUUUGCUGGAGCAUCUGUAAACAAAAUAAUGUCUUCCUCCUUUGGGAGGGGCUCUGAAUUGAUCAGAGAGAAGAAAUAAAAUGAAGAUGAAGAGAGAUUCCCCUCCUGAUUCUUCUGAGCCCAGCCUAGGGAUAAUGGCAGACGGAUACUUUCUGCGUGGAGGGGUGUCAGAGAGAGGCAUUCAUUAAAAAUUAAAAUGGCCUGGGAUGUGCCUCCACAGUUUGCUAUCCCUGUCGAGGUGAACACCAAGGAGAUCAAUGAAAAGAAGCCACUGUGAUAGAGUGUGUGUGUGUGUGUGUGUCUUGUUCUCUUUCAUUCACACACACACAGCUGACUCCUCUACUCCGCAAGCAUCAUCGGUGAUGGUCAAUUUUGGGGGCUGCACAACCAUUGCUAAGUCGGCCCUGGCUAAUUUGCAUAGACAUCCUCAUGAAUGUUAAGAUGCACAAAUCAACGAGGGCACCGUGCCCUGCUUGCCUCGAUAAAGGAACAGACACUGCUUGCUCCUGCAAGUUCACCAGCAACACAUGCCGGCAGCCCUUCCAGUUCUGUCCUUCCUCUGCAGUUACAGGAAGGCUCUUGGAUGCCUUAAGCCACCUGUUUAAAGCCAUCCCUGCUUUAGAAUACCCUGAUAGUCUGUUCUCCCCCUCCCCGCCCCCUUCACAGGAAAGAAGCCACUCAAAUGGAACUGUCAAGACACUACCACCUUCUCUUGAUGCAAAACCCAUCAGCUCAUAACUGGCUGCCUUAGCAGAGACACCAAGGACUGACUGGGCCAUAGAGCCUGCACUCUUCUCUCAAGUCCAGAGGAGGCUGCUCCAGGCUGGGGAUGAGGUGUGUUGGUGGAGUAGGCGGGGGGAGCUUGCACUCUUCAUAGUGGCUGGACUAUUCCUUGGAUAAACAGAAACUGGAAAAUGACUCCCCUUUAAAAAAAAUGGACAUGCUGCUCUCCCAGUCAGAACUUGGGAGAAACGCGCAAGAAAAUGGCACAUCCUCCCAAAGCAAGACAGCCCACCCACACACCCGCCUGAUGCUGUGCUGCAAUGCAAUGUCCUUAACACUUAAAACUAGAAGGACUAUUGGACAUGAUGGAAGAGCACUGAAGAAAUUAUGAGAUUGACACAGCCUGUGCAGAUAACUUCAAGUGUGGGAUUCCAUGGCCCAGUCCUCUGUACCUGCCUAACCUCAGACUUCUACUCUUCUGUGCAGAGUUGGGCUCCAGCCCCACGCCCCAGUACCUCACCCCUGCCCUGAACUCUGGAGGAUUUGAUAUCCAGAUGGGAGGUUUACAGCUUGGCUCUGUCCCUGCUUUAAAGUUACGAGUUUUCUUUACUGGAUCCUCUUUCCCAGCUGGGACUGGCAAUGUGGUUCUGCUUCAAACAUCAUAAUAAAAGAUCGUCCCCACCAGGCGUACAAACAUAACAAUUACUGUGUUCCUGUCCCAGCUGGGAGCAGUGGGCAGGCGCCUACAGUGUGAUGCCAGAAUAACUCAUCCCACGCAAAGCACGCCCCUCUCUCCCUGGGCUGACACCACUGCAUGGAGUUUGCCUCUUACCAGCUGAAAUAAAAAUGCCGAAAAAGUAGAGAACACUUUAAUUCCCAAAACCAUGGAAAGAGCCUGCGAGCUCGUCCAGAGUGGAUGAAACUGGAGCCUGCAUGUCUCACGUGGGAACUGCAAGACCUUGGGCAAAGGGCUACCACCGGCACAAUUGGCACCAGGGCAAAUCACGCUGGAACACUUCUGUGCACUGGGGACAGGUCAGCACUUAAAACUUUUGCUAGUAUAGCAAUGUCAGCUUGGGAUGUGGUUAUUUUUAUGACAUUUCUAUAUUGGCAAAAGCCCUAGUGCAAACAUUGUUAUACUGGAGACAAAAAAUGCUUUUGCCUGUAUAGCUAAUUUUGUUUGGGAACUGGGUAAGUUAUACUGGCAAAAGCACUCUUUGGCUGGUAUAAGCUAGGUCUACACUGGGAGGGCUUUGCUGGUCUAGUGGUACUGGUAUAACUAUACCAGCAAACCUUUCCUAGGGUGCGUUCACACUACCUGCUGGAUCGGCAGGUAGUGAUCGAUCUAUCAGGGAUUGAUUUAUUCAUCUCACCUAGAUGCAAUAAAUCGAUCCCUGCCGCGCUCCCCGUCGACUCCGGAACUCCACCACGGCAAGAGGCAGAAGCGGAGUCGACAGGGGAGCUGCGGACGUCGAUCCCACUCCAUGAGGACGGGAGGUAAGUCGAAAUAAGAUACAUUGACUUCAGCUACACUAUUCUUGUAGCUGAAGUUGCAUAUUGACAUCGACAUCCCUCCCCCUACCCCCAGUGUAGACCAGCCCUUAGUGUAGACUAGCCUAGGGCUUUGACAAGGCUAUUUCAUCUAAAGACGGAUGCAUGAUAAUUCCCUAUUGGGCAGACGCUUCUGCUGCAGCCUUCUCUGAUCCAUUAUUCUAUAUGAUAGCUCUUACCAGCCACAAUUUAGCCAACAGGCACUAAUCAGCAAGGCACUUAAUCACGUGCUUGGGACCAUUGAAGAUUUGCCAUUAUCUUCAAUAGGACAGGCUGAAAGCUAAGUAUGUGCUUAAGGACUUCGUUGAAUGGAAGCCACUCUGGAGAUUCUGUAGGAUCCCAAGUGCCUUCGAAUUACUCACGUAUGUAAAGUCAAGUGUUUGGAGGGUCAGGGCCUAAAUAUCCUUUCUCUUCUGCCUUUCUUUACACUGGGGAAAUUUACAAAAAAAUCCCCACUGGUUUAGCUGGAUCAGUGUGAGAUCAGUUGGGAAUAUUAGCCUGUAAAUUUCCCAGGAGUAGACAUGUCUUUGAUUUAAUUCCAUUCCUCCCAGUUAUAUAAAAAGCUCCCUUAUUAAUCAGUCACGGGGUGAUAUUUUCACCUCUCUCCUCCGCCAUUUGAGAUGAUCUUGUUCCUACGCAUGGCAGAAAUGUAGCUAACCCUCAAGCAAAACAAACAGACAGCCCUUUUAAAGGCUGUAAUUUUGUAGGUGUAGGGAAAGGACAUCUGUGAUCAUUACUAUCAUUACUGCUAAUGUUACACUGGGACCGGAGGUGAUUCAACAGCUGUUUGGUUUGUUUAUUUUAACCUACAACUAAUUCCUGCAAGCAGAAGAUUCUAUUUGUUUAUUUCUUCUUCUAUUUUCUCAAUUGCUCUCAGCUGAGUUUGGGAAUCACAGUGAUACUUAUGGAGCUUCAGAAUAUAAUUAAUACAAAAAUACACCAUUCUGAUUGCCAGCACUGACACACUGAAUUGUUCUGUCCUCUAUGGAUGCUUUCUUUCCCCCCACUCUUGUCUGCUCUGGGACCACAACUGUACUAGCUAAAACCCAACUGUGCUGGCUACAGCUGGGUUUAAACAGUAGUCAGAGCAGGACAUUGGGAGUUGGGAAGCCUGAGUUCUGUUCUUGACCGCCACUGACUCACUUCCUGACCUUGGGCAAGUCACUUAGCCCAACAUUUUCAAAAGUCGCUGCUGAUUUGGUGGGCUUCGGUCAUUUGACAGCCCAAACUGAGAGUAUAUGGGGUUGACUUUCAGAAAUGCUGACCUGCCAUGGCUCAGUGCCUAUGAAAAUCAUGUCCUAGGGUCAAAAUUUUCAAAAGAGCUCAGCAGCCAUCAAGCCCUGAGUGCUGACAAAAAGCUGGCUCCUUACAGAAUUUUGAUGCCUGAGCUCUUUGGAUAAUCUGGUCCCAUGGGUUUCCAGCUGGGCCCCCAAAAUGAAUGGGCACUUCAGAAAACAUUGACCUCUGCUUCUCUGUGCCUCAAAUCCAUCCUCUCUGAAGUGGGGACAAUGAUACUACCCCCCACUCCCAAACGCUUUGAGAUCCUCAUCUGAAAAGCACUGUGUGGAAUACACUAUUUAUUUUUGUGGUAAUGGUCUGAUUCUCAUAGUUUCCAUAACCAGUGGGGUUUUUUCUUCUGAUCAUUAUGCUAACUAAAUAGUACCAUGGACCCUGUCUAUCCUGGCUGUACAACCAAAGUCAGCAACUGUGCUUAAAUACAGUUUAAACUCAACUGUGGUUAAACCACUUUCUUACAGGUUUGACCAGCCAAUGCAGAGAGAGUCAAACUAUAUUAGUAUAGAAUGGUUCAGCUAGUCACGUAGACUGGAACAAAUGGAUAACAGCUGACCUAGUCCUGUCUCCUAUUGAACUUUAAGGGGCCAAUUCUUCAUCUGCUCUGGUAUCUUUGCUCUGACAAAGGCCGCAGCUAGAUGCUAAAGAGGAAGACAUAAACCCCCCGCCCCCAUGUUCAUUUCAUGGUGAAGCAUAGUAUGAUUGAGAAGGAGCUGUAGCUGGUAACGUGUUCUCUGCAGCCUGAGGACUGAUACCCUUGCCUAAUUUUUAUCCUAGCUAAUGUAACUGUAGAAGAUAAUCAUUCCACAGUGAAAUUCACUCCUGUGCAGAGGGCCUGCCUGAAACCUUUGCACCACUUAAGUCCUAUUCUGAAGGGCUUACGUGCCUUGUACAAAUUUCUGUGCACAAGGGUAAAUUACACCUUAAGUGUCUAGCCUCUUUUGUGCAACUUAAGUUGUUUGCCUCAGUAACGUCACACACAGAUACACACACAUGGCUGUUACUUCCACUGUCUGUUUUAACCUUGCUUCCAAAAAUGCAUUUUCCUUUCACCUGCUUGGAAUGUGUUCCUUUCUGAAAUGACAGAGUGGCUUAUUGUUCUUGUAUUAGCUGAUGGCAUAAACAAGGGCACCAGUCUACCUUGCUCUCCCCUAUUCAUUUUGCACAGCUCUCUGCCAUUUUCUCUCCUCCUUUCCAAAGCAAACAGUCCUGGUCUUUCUGAUUGAUGCAAGAGGGGACAGCCUGAUUACAAAGAAGAAGCAUCUAUUUAAAUACAGAGAUCUGUGAUUGGAGUGGGAAAACAUACAAAUGCAACUGGGUUUGGGUAGAGCACUAUUAUCUCUGCAGCAAUUCUAGAGCAUGGCACUAGCUCCACCAUUCCAAAUGUUUUUAGAAGGAGCAGCAUUUUAGCCCUAAGAAAAGUAAUCAAUGGAUAUCACUUAUCAUGUGAGCAGGCUAGGCAAGCUCUGUGGGUGCCCUUUAGUCCUGUCUUGGCACCUUUCUGCUGUAUCAGUUCUGCCCCCCUUUCCUAACUCUGCUAAUGCACGUCAGUUCCCACCUGCAGCUCCCUCUUGUAUUCUAGUUGUCAUUCCUCCAAACUGCCUGCUGAUGCUCCUCAUUCCUGACCUGCAACACACACUAGUUCCAGCCCUGGGCUUCCAUACUGGAAACCAACUGAGCUCACCCCAAUAAACCCACUGCAGGGUCGGAUGGAGUCAAAGCUCACAGGUACUGAGCUUGGCAGGGGAGCCUGAGGAAAUUCUUUCCAACCAGCCUAUGCACGAGAGACCAGAAUGAGCCCAGCUCUCCGAACUGGCCAUAAAAACAGCCCAGCUCUGCCUGCAUGAAUCAUUGUCUGGAAGGUGCCACAGUGAUAACAUUACUGAUCAGGCAGGACUAGUCCAAGAAUGAACCUUGCUCUGUGAAUUAUAACAGCUGCAAAGUUUUAUAUGGCCCUGUGAUUGGGAUGUAUGGGUUCUCACCCUGUCGGAUGCUGGAUCGUACAAAUGAAACAGUCAUGCAGAUGUAUGAGGGGUAAUUUUUUGACUAUCAGGAAUAAGUCACCUCAGGAUGUUGUCUCAUGGGGAGAAAGAAAAAUGGCUUUUCAUUGAUAGGCUCCCCUGGUAUUCCUCGCCUUCCUUUAAAAAGCCCAUUGGCUUCUGAGCUGACACAGCAGGAUUGCCCAGAUAGGAAUGCCAGAUCAAAACCCCUUGGAUCUUGGAGGUAGUUAGGGUGACCAGAUGUCCUGGUUUUAUAGGGAUAGUCCUGAUAUUUGGGGCUUUGUCUUAUAUAGGCACCUAUCACCCCCCAACCUUUGUCCUGAUUUUUCACACUUGCUAUCUGGUCACCCUAGGGGUAGUUCAGACCUCAGCUUUGUGGCUUGGUCCCAGUCCCUACAACACAAUCCAGACUGGAACAUUAGCUCUACUACCACUUUCCCGCCUCCACCUCUUCCAAACUUCCGAUCUGGAUUUGGAGCCAAGUUCUGCGGUGAGGGCAUUCAAACACUGAGGGGAAUGCUGGCAACUUUCCAAAGUGCCCCAAACCCACAUACAAAUGCAUUGAAAAGAAAUGCAAUUGAAAAGAAAUGCACACAGCCCUAAUAGUUGCUUGUACUUGUCUCUUGCCUCUGCCUCAGUGAAUAUAAAUAGUGUGCAUUUACCAGCAAUACAAUCCUGCCUUUGAUCAGCUUUGUCCUUGUCACCCUGAAGUUACUGGGAGACGUAUUUUAGGACUCUAUUGGACACACUUUCGCAUAUAUGCCCCUCUACCUCAAAUCAGCUUUGCAAGCUACACCUGUAAGGGAUGUGGUUUACGUGCAGCGCUGGGAGAGCUCUCUCCCAGCGCUGGCGCUCUGACUACACUCACACUUCAAAGCGCUGCCGCGGCAGCGCUUUGAAAUUUCAAGUGUAGCCAUACCCUAAGACAAGAAGUAACAGGCUUAAUCUGCAGCAUGGGAGAUUUAGAUUAGAUAUUAGGAAAAACUUUCUAACUCUAAGGAUAGUUAAGCACUGGAACAGCUUACCUAGCAAGCUUGUGGAAUCCCUGUUCUUGGAGGUUUUUAAAGACCAGAUUAGACAAACAUGUGUCAGGGAUGGUCUAGGUUUACUUGGUCCUGGACUAGAUAACCUCUUGCGGUUCCUUCCAACCCUACAUCUCUAUGAUUCCAUGAAAUCAUCCCUCUCCAUCAAAGAAUUCACUAAUAUUGAUUUAAUGAAACUUAAACACAGGCUUAAAAUUAAACCUGUGAUUAAAUAUUUUGCUGAAUCAGGCCCUUUAUGGCCACUACAUGGAGAGGCAUAGCCCUCAGCCUGCCAGGGCCUAAAGGCAGGACACAAUGUGUGCCAAGGAUCCAAAAUUAGGGACACACAACUAUGAUUCCUGAAGAGAACUCAGAAUGCAGUGGGAUAUAGUAAUCUAGUGCAAAUGACUCAGUGAUCUCAUUUCAUUAUCCUUUAUUUCUGAUGUGUGAGGAGACCCCCAAAGGUGUGUGGAACAGUAUGUAGCUUUGGGUCUAAAAUUAAUGACAUUUGAGCGGCAUGCAGAAAGGCUGUCUUCUACAGUAAAAAAUUAGUCUUGGUCAAUUUAAUAGAUUAUAUAUUUGCUAAAGAUUCUUUCAUUAUCACAUUCAAGUUGCAUUUCCUGCAAUAGGAAACUUGGGCCAGAUUUUCAAAGAGCUCAAUAUUCAUUUAGACACCUAGCUAAGUGGCUGGAUUUUCUGGAGAGCCCAGCAUGUUGGAUGCUGAGCUGAUCUGAAAAUAUUUUCAAGUGUCUGUGACCUAGGCACUUCAGGGCCAAAGUCCCACUGACUUUCAGUGAGAUUUAGGCUCCUUGAGUAGCUGUCGCUUUUGAAAAUGGGACUUAGGCAUUUUUGAAAAUGUUACACCAGGCCUCUAUUUAAAUGGGAAAAGAGCUAUUUUGAAAAUCUGGCUCCUUUGUCUACAUGCAAAGUCACCCUGGUUUAACUAAAGGUGUAAUUUAAAAUCAUUUCAGUUAAACCAAUGAAACGGGCUGGGUGGACACCCUUAAACUGAUAUACACUUGUCUCAUAUUGAUUUAGCUUAAAUCAGUUAGGAACAGGUUUCAAUAAAACUGAAAUAAACCAUUUUUAAACCAAAAUAAGAUUGUCUAUACAGGAUUUUGAACUAAACUGGUUUAAAAAUCAAUUUAAAUUAAAUCUUUUCGGUACACCUUCUGAGUCUAGAGGCUUCAAGGGAAUACAUAGCACAGGACAGGCUGUGUGACACAGGGCUUGGCUACACUGGAGAGUUGCAGUGCUGGUGGUGGGUUUACAGUGCUGCAACUUACUCACCGUCCACACUUGCAAGGCACAUACAGCGCUGCAUCUCCCUGGCUGCAGCGCUGGCUGUACUGCUCUGCCUGGGGUAUAAUGAUUGCAGCACUGGUGAUGCAGCACUGCUCUGCCAGUGUGGCCACCAAAAGCACUGUAAUUGGCCUCCAGAGGUAUUCAGAGGUAUCCCAGAAUGCCUGUUCAGCCACUCCCAACAGCGCUGCAAAUGCUGCAAAUGUGGCCACACUGUAGCGCUGGCAGCUGUCAGUGUGGCCACACUGCAGCGCUUUCCCUACACAGCUGUACAAAGACAGCUGUAACUCCCAGCGCUGUACAGCUGCAAGUGUAGCCAUACCCACAUUCUGCCACCUUUACACUGAGUAUGAGAAUAGUCCCACUGCUUUCAUUAGGGCUACUCAUGGAGUAAGUUGUUAUUUAACAGAUGAAAUUCCCCCUGUGCAAUGGGCCACCAGUUAAUUCCAACCUAAAUCCUAUGUUACACACAAGUCAUUAGUAGAGAUGGGCCCAAGCUGCCAAGUUCCCAGCUACAGCAGGACACCUACAUACCCCAAAUUCAUGCAUGCUGGUAUUUGGGGUUCCAUGCUGAAUACGCAGAGUUCCCCAGAGCCAGGAUCUGAGCUUGCCCACAUUUUGGGAAACAACUGAAGGUUUGAUAUCUGGGGUUCAUUGCAGCAGAAAUAUCCAGCUGCUCCGGAGUGGCGGUCAGAUCUUGGAUGUGGUGCAGCAGGCAGACCCAGCCGUGGAGCUGGGAUUGGAACCCUGUCUGACGUCCCAGUUCUCAAAUCCAGGCCUGGGAGUUCUCAGACAGCUGUUGCAUCCUGGCCUUCACCCAAUGGCUGCUGAAACCUGGUGAGCCUCAGCCAAGGCACCACCCAUGGGACUGAAGUGCUGAUUGGAAGAUUGCCCAGCUUCACCGACUAGUCCAGCCAUGCUAUUUAAGCCAGACGGAGGCACAAGAAUUCAUCUGAGUAACUGGGGGUAUGGCUACACUUGAAAUUUCAAAGUGCUGCUGCGGCAGUGCUUUGAACUGUGAGUGUGGUUGGAGCGCCAGCGCUGGGAGAGAGCUCUCCCAGCGCUGCACGUAAACCACAUCCUCUACGGGUGUAGCUUGCAGCGCUGGGAGCCGCGCUCCCAGCGCUGCGGCACUGAUUACACUUAGGCUUUGCAGCGCUGUAUCUUGCAGCGCUCAGGGGGGUGUUUUUUUCACACCCCUGAGCACGAAAGUUGCAGCACUGUAAAGUGCCAAUGUAGCCAAGGCCCCUGGAUGAUUCCCUGUUGCUGCUGCUGUUGCAUUGGACCCUGAUUGUGCCUGGGCCCAACCCUCUUCCUGAUUCCUAAUCCUUUCCUGCCUCAUUGGUACCUUUGUUCCUGGUACCCACCAUGCUCCUGCUCCAUGCCUAAGCCUUGCCUCUCCUCCAGUUCCUGCCCUUACACCUUGCUUCCAACCAUAUCAGUCCUGGCUCUGACUUCUGGUUCUGGCAUUGGGUAUCCAACCCUCAGCUUCAAUUCCUGCCUCUGACUCUGUUAAUCAGCAAUUGACCCUGGUGCUGACCCUCAACUCCAUUCCCCAGCUGGACAUCUGCUCUGCCCACUAGACUUGACUCCUUCGCUGGCCACUAGGCCAGACCACCUACGUCCCACUCCCUAACACCCUGGUCCCAAAACAAUAGCCUCUACCCACUUAAACUGGAAGAGCUCCCCUAGUGGGAAGCAGUAGUAGGUCCUUUAUCUUCCCUGUGGGCUGUCCAAUAGAGGCUGAUAUCAUUCACAUAACCACAGCUAGUAUAUUACCAAUUACCCAUGCUCUCCCCAGUGUACCGCUAUUAGGAAGCAUCUGAAGUUGAGAGUGGAACUGGGUAAACUAUAUUACCCAUGGAGAUAAAGCUACACCCUUUUCCUGAAGGCGUUUCCCAUUCUGACACGACAUUAGCCAGGGGCUGUUACUUAAUGCAGAGAAAAGUUUAGGCACAGCAAAUUCUUAAGAGCAUCUUAACUUCCUUUCAAGGUCAGUCCCUCUGGGAGAGAAAGCAUCCACCCAUUGAAACACUGAAUGAACAGAAAAUUGCUCAAUCAGGUUUUACUCUCCUCAUUUAUUUGGGAGAAUGAGGUUUGCAGCAUAGAAUAAUGGUUGAAGAUGUUUCGGAGGGGAGGGGGGAGAUUUUUAGAUGAGUGUUUGAUCUACAAUGAUGUCUCUAAGCAAGGGCCCUUUAACCUGGAGCACAAAGGCAUAACAAGAUCCAGUGGCUGAAAGAUGAAGCUAGAGAAAUUCAAACUGGAAACGAAGUGCAACUUUUUAACAAGCAGGAUAAUUAACUAUUGCAAUGGCUUCCACAAGGGUGUGGGGGAUUCUCCAUCACUGGCAAUUCUACAUCUGGUUUUCUAAAAGAGAUGUUCUGGAGCCUAGUUCAAUCACAAGUUAUUGGGCUUGAUGCUGGAAUUUUACUGGAUGAGGUUCUCUGGCCUGUGUUAUGCACGAGGUCAGACAGAAUGAUCCCUUUGGCCUUUAAAGCUACAAAUCUAUUAACAGAAGGAGGGAUAGUCUUUUGGGUUCCACUGAGUCUCACUUAAGGGAAUACUAAGAGAGAAAGAUCUAUUUGAAGGUCGUCUUUGAAAAUACUUCUCCCCUCAUCCUGCCCCAAUCAGGUUUAACACCUGUGCUGUGGUUUCUUUCCCAUAAACCACAGUCCUUAGUGGCUUUUUGUCCACCUCCUACCCUGCCCCUCAUUCCUGUUUUACUUCUAUUCGCUUUCGGAAUAACCGUGAAGCAAUCACUACUGCUCCUUCUGCCCUUUCUCCCCCUCUUUUUCAGUGUAAACAGCAUUGUGGAUUUCAUAUGCAACUUAGCUUCUUGACAAAUCUAGUUGAGAACAUUGUGAGCCAGAUUCUAUUUUAAGCACCUAAUAAAAAUGUUUUUGGAAUGAACCCAUGGCUGUGUCCUUCUUUUGCAAGAACCUUAUUAUUGGCAUUAUAGAAGCACCCCAAACCCCACCACUGCAGUAGGCACUGUCCACACACAUAAUAAGAGGAGAAAAGGGCAAAGGGUGGUGGGGAAAGUGAU